AUGAGUGCUUCCGGUGAAACUUUUGCGUCAUGGGCGACCCGUGUAACCAGAUGUUCUAACCCAACAUUCUAUCGUGUCGUUAAUCGACUUUGGGAUAAUCCAGCACUACAGAAGGAUGUCCUUGCUGUCCUUACUGGUGUUACCAAACUAAUUCAUUCCCGUGGCGGACGCGAGUCUGCCGCUGAAUACUAUGCUGCAUUACUACUUCUUUCUCUUGGUCGUGUACUGUCCGUCCAGCCAGUCGAAGACUGGGCUUCUGAGUCAGUGCGCCAUACAUACAGGAUAUUUCUUCGAUUCAUUGACUAUGAUAAUGCGGCUCUGCGCAAAGCCGUUCAUAAAGUCAUAUGUGAACUCCUAACCUUUACGAUUAGCACCGAGGGUGCAUACCAUCCUGCUUGCCAUCAAACCAUAAAUCAUGUUUGCAAUUUAAUACGUCAAGCGUCCACGGAACUUUCUACUCUUAUUCGUAUAAGUGAUGGUGAAUGUGGUCGCUUGUUGUAUGCCUUGAAUCUGCUGAAAUCAGUCAUUUGUGUUGCUCCCGAAAAGGAUAUAAAGUUAGCAUGUGAAUGCGUUCUGGAAUUGACAUCUGUCAAUAAUUCACUGGUUUUGAAGUCUGCGUUUGAAUGCCUUCAGACCCUGUUUCAGGGCAAGGUCAAGGCUGUAACCGUUCCUCUGGAUACUGCAGGGAAACUUAUGACUGCUCUUUUUACCUGUAAACCUCGUGACUCUACUUCAAUUGAUAUUGUUACUCUAAAAAAGGAUUCUGAAUCUCUCAUUGCAUGGAUAAAGUGUUUAAGUGCUGGUGUCGGUUAUCUAACUUCACUAGCUGUUGGCCGUCACGAGGAAAGUUCAACGGAAUUAGCUAAUUAUGUUGCAGUGGAACACUUGGAACAUUUGGCUCGUGUUGCUCUCAGUAUUGUGGCUAAUAGUCCCCUGCCAGGCCUUCGUAACUCCAUCAGAAGCCUUCUUGUCGAUGUCCUUCUCAAUCAGCUGACUGAACAAUUGGAGGUUUGUGAUCUGCUGACGCAUCGUCCUCGAUUUCUUCCGGAUCUAUGCCUUACGUUGCAGAGUGCUCUUAAUUUGGCACGUCGUGAAACCUGGGCUAAUCUUCUCAACGUUUCCUCGCAUCUAAUGCAUGCUUGGGCCAUGAAAGCUGUUGUUCGUAAUAGCAUUGACACGCAGCUACCUGCUGAAGUUAUAGGCCUAAUUCAACACGUUGCUGGUCUCCGAGAUGCCCUGGGAGACGGUGCUGAAGAUGCUGUCGAUGAUGGUGUCAGCGUUAAUGUGCUUGUCGACGAAAUGGAUCGAAUGAUUCUCACUUCCAUGGAGUCUUGGGGCAUUGAGUCAGUGCUCCGAGAUGCCUUACCUUUGGAACCUCUCGUACUCGAACUUGAAUCUGGUGUUGUGGAGAUGCGUCGCUCUUGGAUUCUUCCACUCAUCGCUCGUGUCCAUCCUCUUCACUCUUGUUCACUGGCUUUCUUUUACUCUGAGAUUCUCCCGCUUGCUGAUCGUGCCGUUACAGUUGCUAAAGCGGCCGCUGGGCAGACGUUUAAACGGCAGAUUGGUGGUGAGAACGGCGCUCCAUUCGUCCCCCUUUCGGCAAUUUUAAACGCGGCUGUACAGAUGGCCCGUCAGCUAUGGAUUACGUUGACCGCCUUCACACGGCGUGCUCCCUCUCGUUGGGCUGAUCUUACGGACUCAGGUCUCGGCGGUAGGCUAAUUGCUUGUCUUCUCACAGCCAAGACUGUCAGGCCGACCAUCCUUUCUGCAUUGAGACGUCUUGUUACUUUCGCCAAAACAGAAGAAGCCAUUGCUGUGAUGCGGUCAGGAGCCAAGCAGAUGGUGCCCAAGAUGCUCUCAAUGUAUGAGGAUCAGGACUCGGCCAAUGACCAACAGCUUAAGCAACAACUAGAAAGCACACUGUCUGUGCUCCUACCGCUACUGACACCGAAAAUGCUCUCAGUGCCUUGCGAAAUGGCUCACAAGAAGCUUGUUGGUACCAAAAGACCGAUCUACAUGGAAAUUCUCAUGUUAAUUUUACCAAAUCUCACAAGCGAAAACAUCAAAUCUGUGCUUGAACAGCUGGAAAAUUAUUUUGUGCUCAAAGAUCCUGGAUGUCGAGCUCUCACGAAAGCCGCCUACCGUCUUUUGGAGGCGGUCCUUUCCUCACCCAAUCCCUCAGCGAAGGAGUUUGUAGCCGCAAACUUGGCUAAUCUCACUUCUUUUAUGGCCCAAAUAGCGCCUCUCUCCACAGAAGUGGUUGAAGGAGCAGUGACUGAAAUUGAACCUACCGAUCACCUUUCUACCACCAUGGCUGCUUUAACUCUAUCUGCAAAGGAGCGCAAAGCUCUUGCCAUUGCUACUCCCUGGAAAGCGCGGCUUCGGAUUCUCCGUCACCUGCUCCGCGCCCAUGCUGAAAAGCAGGGGGACCAAGCCGAGGAGAGGUGUGAAAACGCUGUGCAGGAUUUUAUCAGCACUUUUAUGCCUGAAGUACCUCCGUGUCUGGGUAAUUUAAAUAGCCUCGUACGAAUUUUGGCCGGCCGUUUAUUAGUAGACAUGGCUUUGGCUACCGCAGGAAGUCUUUCCUGGGAUGUAGAAACGCUCCGAACCGGCUCCUUGCGACGAUUUGGUUCAAUAACUGCUGCACCUUCAAACAUCACUCGAAUGGAUGAUGAUGAAGGGGUUGAGGAUGCACGGGAAAUGGAAGAAAUUGAAGGUAUCGAUGAAGAAGGGAAGAAUAGCAACUACGAUGACGAUGAUGAGACCGUUUCGGACCAUUCUUAUAACCCUACGGAAAUCACUUCUGUAUGCACUUCCAUAUCCAUUACUGGUGUGGACCCUUUCAUUGCCAUGAAGAACUGUGCUGGGCUACGAAACAUCCUCGCCUACCUUUGGCCUGUGAUAUUUGAAGUUAGCGUUGAGAACCUGAAGAACUCUCAAUCACAAUCUCUGCGUCUCGAGGUGGCAACUAAAUCGGUUUGUCGUUUGCUUUCCGACUUUAGGCUGCGUCGUAGUCUCAUGACUGCAAUGCAAGAGGCUGCGGACACCAAGGGUAAUUUGGAUGCCUCUGAGAUCCUCUCCACCGCAAAUCGCGCUGCCCAUAAACUCGUCCAACUUCCCAUUAAGCAUAUAGCUCGUCUAGGAUUGCAGAUAUCCCGUCUCCUCAUCGCUUUUGUCGGGAACUCUGUCUAUGUUUCGGAUAUUGUUGUUGCCAUUCAUCAAAUAAAUGAGAGUCACAAACACUCCCUGCGAUUUAUGGUUAAAGCAAUGGUGGAAAAACUACUUAAGAAAGUUAGUGUUCAGGCGCUAUUGUCUCUGAUGGGUCCAGAGUAUCACAAGAUGAUCAGGAAUAGCGCCAAAAUUCUUCGAAGAAGAGAACAGAAAGGCAAGACCGAGGGAAGGAAAAGGGGUCCAAAGUCUACCAGUGGUGAUAUUGAUUUGGAUGACGAGGUGGGAACUGUGUUUUCAGAGGGUAGUGUUAGACACCCUGGAUCCGCCUCUUCUGUGUCUGGUGCCUCAUUGAAGUCUCUUGGAAGUGCUCUCUCACUGUCAAGACCUAUUCAUGUGCAGAGCAUCCAGGAAAUCCUGGCAGCUUCAGACGAUGAAGCUGACGAAGGUGGUGGUGGUGGUGGUGGUGGUGUUACCGAAACUAUGAGGCACAAACCAUCGUCACCUCCCCUUAAACGUCUGGGUUUGGCGGCAGAACUUGAGCGCGCUGCUUCUGUUGCUGGGCUUAGUAGGCGCUCCCGACGCAACCUCCUCGUAGGGUCGUAUGGAGUGAACUCUGACGGUGACAACGAGGGUUUCGACGAUUUAGCCACAAUACGAAAAGUGCGAUUUGCGGACGAUGUUGCUAAGCUUCAUCUCACAGGCAAGAAAAGAAACCAGCGCGCAGCCACUGAGGAUACUAGUCCUUCUAUGACCUAUUUGGUGGAAGAUGCAGAUGAUGAGGUGGUGGAUCUAGCCGAGCCGGAGUCGCUUGCACGUCAUCUCACUGUUGCCUCCUCUGCCCAACUGGCCAAACGCGUCCUCAGGCCGAAUGUCUCUGCAUCCGGCGUUUCCGCGUUUAAACGUGCUCGACUCACUUCUCUUUCCUCCACUCCCUCUUUUCCUACAUCUAUUGAUGGGAAAUUUAUCAUUAACGAUUCCACUGUACAGGAUAGUAAGGAACCCUGGCCGCUGAUUGACGCUGAUGAUGAUGGUGUCGAUGACGUCCGUACAUGCUCUAUGACGCGGGAUACCUCAGUAGCUCGGGCCGUCGCUGUUACACCGAAGCGUACUCGCGCACUCCGUUUACCUGGGGCGGAGUAUCGGUCGGCGCGUGCGGAGGGCGACAUGAAAAAGCCGGGCCGACCUGACCCCUUUGCUUACGCGCCCCUCGGCGCGGGACUGGACACUAUCAAUCGCCGUGGGAUUAGCAGUGGCGUUGCCACUGCAUCCGAACGCAGGGCCCUUCUACGGUGUUUAGGAGCUGGAAAACGGAAACGUAAACAGGAAAAGCGAAAGAAGAUACGUGGCGUUAGCGCUGGCUUCCAUCAAAGAAAGGCGAGCUCUGCCUCUUCCACUAAUGUGAUGUCAAGACGACAGAAGGCGAGGCGUAUUCGGGAGUAG